AUGGGCGAGAACGAUCAGCCUAUGGUCUCCCACGGCCGCGGCGGCCAAGGAAACAUCGGUCACGACUCAACGCAAUACGUCGACGGCGAGAUCGUCCGUGAAGGCAUCUACGGCGACCAAGGCGAUGGCGCUUACUCUGCCGGUCGCGGCGGCGUAGGAAACAUCGGAUCGCCGCGCGUCCGUCCAACAUCCAAGAUCCCGCACGAUGCGGAGAUGGUCCCUGAACUUGCGAUUCGGGGAUCGUCUGAUGAGAACUACCACACUGGCCGCGGCGGUCAGGGAAACGUCCAUCUCGACGAUGCGACGCGCAAGGAGAAGGAGGAAGAGAAGAAGAAGGGUAAAUCUCCUGCGCAUGAGGGAUUGGCCGAUCGGCUGAAGAAUAAAUUGCUGGGCCGCAAGUAG